GCUGUUUCUGUGUUAUUUAACUUGUUUUAUUUCAUUUAUUUAGAGGAGCAAACGUAAGCAAACGUUGAAUUAAAAACCCAGUAAGGGACACACUAAGGUCGCACAAAAUGUUCACACUUCGUGCAGCGCUGCCCCGUGGCAAAAACAUCGCUGUGGCCCUUGGAAAUGCUGCGCGGCACAUUCCCCUUGCGCCGAGCUGCCGGUUUAGUGGAUCCGCAUGGACAGCGGUGCCGCUACAGCAACAGAGGCAACAGAAUCUACAGUGCAGGUGGCUGGCGGACCAUGCUGCCGGCAAGGGCGCUGAGACCGAACUGCAGCGAAUCUACUAUGGCACGCUGGCUCCACGCAUGAAAGUGGUCAAGUUCUUCUCGCUGAGCACCAGCUUGGCCGGCAUUGCCGCACAGCCCAUUCUGCUGGAGCAGGGCAUGAAGAUUGGCGGCACCGGCAUGGCUGUGUUCCUCUGCACCAUUGGCGGCUUCUUCACGUUCGUGACGCCGCUGCUGCUGCAUUUCAUCACGAAGAAGUAUGUUACCGAGCUCCACUACAAUCCCGCCACCGAGGAGUAUACCGCCACAACGAUUUCGCUUCUGCUGCAAAAGAUCAAGACGAAAUUCCGGCCCAGCGAUGUGACUGUACCCGAAGUGCCUGGCAUGUUCACCUCGUUCCUGGUGAACAAGCGGCCUCUGUUCAUCGACCCGGCCCUGUUCGAGGAUCCCGAGCACUAUGUGCGAAUCAUGGGCUACGACAAGCCCAUCGACUUUAAGCUGGACCAGAAGCAAACCAAGAGCCAAAAAGAACAAUAAAUCCAACAGUGAACCAAUGAAAAAUACAAAAAGUUUAAUACAAAUUAAGUCCCUUCAUAAGGAUAUUACAGAUGUGAGAUAAAAACGAAUAGAAAUUGCUUCAGUGCAUAGCAGGUACAUACAUUUUCAUAUGUAUAUCGUGCGAGAUUAUCAAGAAAAAGUAAUAAAAAAAAUAUAAAUGAUUGGAAGGAAAGUCCCUGGCAGCAGCCCCUCAGUCGUAAGUUAUACCGAACAAGAACUCCAUUUGGUCUGGAGUAAUGCGAUCGCGAUCGAGGCACUUGAUGAGAGUGCGAGUGAUGCGGUUAAACUGUCGUAAGUAGUCUGACAUCUGGUUAUCGGACAGCGUUUCGAAUAGAUUCAGUUCCGGCACCAAGUAAAAUGGUAAACGCCUUUCAACAAGGGCCCAAAUCAUACGAACGCACAUCUAAAUGCGGAAAGAAUAUAUCUAAGCCAACACCAAUAAUAAAAUGCUUGU